UCUCUGAACUCCCCCGCGAAACGGUCAGUAAUGUCGCAACCGUACUCGACGAACGACUACAUUUUUCCUUCUCGAUCUUCCGUGACCAGCAAAGCCGCCGAUUCGGCGCGAAUUUCGCACAGAAAACCACGGUUGAAAGGCAAAGCAUAUCGCAUAAUUUUAUUUGUCUUCGAUCGAUUCACGAUGUCCGCCACGCAAUCGUGCGUCUAAAGAAAUUAAAAGGAUGCCAGCCGGUAUUUCGGCUCUGGCGCCGUCGACAGACGCAGAAUCUUUCGAUCAUGAGACGAAGAAUCCACCAGCCUUCACGAUCCUGCAGAAGGAUGGCCUGGACUCGAGUCUGCCGCUCCUACACAUCAACGAGGACGACGAAAUAAACGCGCCACGACUCACCAAUCUCAAGAACAUGAAAAAUGCGAUAAAAAAUAAUCUUCACAAUUGUAAACGCAUCAGUAAAUCCAAUGAACAUCUAGUUCUGGCUAGUCUACAAUCGAACCAGACCAAUCCUCUGAGAAAGAAGCACCAGAGCAAGAGUCAGGAUAGUUUAAACGAGGAAAAACCGCCUGUAAUUAAACCUAGCAUCAUCUUAUCCACAGAAGACUUCAAUGAGAUACUCAAUGCGAAAUUAAAGAAGAUACAGGAACAAACCGAGGUCGAGCAAGGUCGCAGAUCGCCCAAGAAGUCUAUCUCGCCGCAUAAAAAGCCAUUUAUCACGACCGUAAGGUCAGGAGAAUUUCUAAUGCCUCCGCCGGAAGUGGCGGCCCUACUCGGUAUCACACCUAGCGGAACCGACGAAGAAACGACGGACGGAUGCCCGGUUAAAAGCAGGUUUAAACCCUUAGUAUCGUUGGCCAAGAGACCGGAGGUACGUCACAGUAGUCACAACGCCAGAUGUCCGGCUGCCCUCAAGGCUACCGUGGACUUCUCUCUUGGCAUGAUGAACGCCACUACCAUCGCUACAGCCUCGACCUUAGACGAGCGAGCGAGAAGAUUCAAGAGGAGUGAACCGCCCAGAUUCCCGCAGGCGCCGCGAGCUUUACCGAAAAAGUUGGCACCGAUCGAGGGCAUGAUGAAUAUGCUGUCGACGCUUCGCGGCGAACAAUCGGUUCCUUUCGGGAACAUCAUGUUUGACCGUCGCGUGGCUCGCGGAAGUACAUUCGCUCCCGUUCCUACUCUAAUCGAUGGGGAACAAUCGAUAGCAGCGAGGCAAGCGGAAGCGAAACGAAGAUACUUGGCGAGGAAACGUGCUCAAAUGCAAGCUUGCAGAGCGCUCGUUACGAGGACGGGUUCACCUCCUCCGGUUCCUGGGAGAAAGCACGAACCAGUUCAAACCGAAACCUUUCUCGAGGAGCUGGCCGAAAAGCCGGACGAAUCCGAAGUAGCCACACAAACCGAUUACUUUUUGGAAAAACCGGAACCACCAAGAUACUACACCGACAAGAUUGGUCAAGAUGCUUGCACUCAAAUUGAACCAGGAGAGCUCUUUGAUUAUGACACUGAAGUUCAACCGAUUCUCGAGGUGUUGGUAGGCAAGACUAUCGAGCAAGCCCUAAUCGAAGUUUUAGAAGAAGAAGAAAUUGCUACUCUCAAAGAACAGCAGAGAAGAUUCCAUGAAUUACACGCUGCUGAAAAAGCUGAAGAGCAACGAUUGGCGGAAGAAGAGAGAAGACGUAGAGAAGAAAAGGAUCGACGAUUGAAACAACACGAAGAAGAGAUGAAAACUCAGCAGGAAACCGAGGAACGAGUCGCGGCAGCGGUAUUAUUAACGGGAUACAUUGCUGAACUUUUACCCGCAGUUCUGGAAGGCCUGAAAAUGUCUGGCUUCUUAUUGGACGAAAUCAAGGCCGAUGUCGAAGAAGGUUUCAUGCCGUGGUUAAUGAAGGAAGUUAAAAAGGAGAUGGGCAACAUGAUUGAAAGCAGAGAAUUGUUAAUGGAAAUUAUUAGAGGAAUUUUGGAAAAUCGCGCGCGGACGUACAGACAACUCGGUGAAGAUUAUGAUAUUUCAAAGGAAAAGAAACGUGAUGAACGUGACGUAAUGAGCGUAGAUAAUUUAGAAGAAGGUGAAACUGACAGCAAUUUCGUGAAUUAUGAAUCACCUGCGAUGGAAAAUCAAAACGUGAUUUAAUGUGGUAAAUACAUUUGUAUAUAUUUGCGGUAUAAAAAUCGAAAAUUUUAUUUAUAGUUAAAUCAGAAUUUAAAAAAUUUACAAAAAAAUUAAAUACAAUUGAACUCUAAGAGAAUGAGCCAGGGCGUAAAAAUAAAAAUUACGGAUCGUAAAUAUUUUACGUGAUAUGUACAAUUCGAUAAUAAUUUUCAUUAUCGCGCUAUUCGAUAGGCGUUAAUGAUGCACUUCGGUUAAAAAACGAGCAAAUCGUAGUUAGCUUUCGGAUUUAGGGAUUCACCUUAACCAGCACAAAAGCAAUUUCCGAGCCCGGUACCUUUUACAUUAAGCAGUGUACACAGCUGUGCAACAAAUCCAUCUCCUCCGCUUGCACCCCCUGACAGGUCACCGCAAAGCUCGCAAUCUCUAUCGCAAACAGUAACUAUCGAAAGAACGCGAAAGAUCCAUCGGAAAUUAAUUAUCGAUUCUCAAAGUCAGCGCGGCGUAAUCUCUCAUAGAAAUAAUGUAAAGAAAAAGUUUACUUUCGCUCAGAACGAUUUAUUCUAAAAUAAUAUUUUUAACAUUACACAUUUUUUCAUUAUUGCAGAAUUUUAACACGUAUUGCUUUAAGAAAAAAUUUAAUAUUCUUUUUAUAUAUAUUAAUAUAUUAUUCGUAAAACACACAUGUGAUGUUAAUGAUUCAUCACUUAUCUGUUUGUAGUCUAGACUGACUUGGGAAUCCAUAAUGCUGCACUAUGAUUUCGAGACAGUUAAAGAAAUUUAUUACAUUCCAAGAUGUAAUUUAUGAUUUGUUAGAUCCAGUUCAAAGAUAUUUCUCUCCAAAAAAAUUA